AUGGCACCAGGCGUUACCAACGGAGAUGGGCCCAGUGACCGAUUGGGCAUCACUGUAUUCUCUGGGGGCACGGCAGCAAACAGCCUUGUCGAUGUGUUCAACAGGAUAGCUGAGAAGAGGCGCUGCAAGUUGAACUAUGUCAUUCCUAUUAGUGAUAACGGCGGCAGCUCUUCAGAGCUAAUCCGCUUCAUUGGCGGGCCGAGUGUGGGCGAUAUAAGAAGUCGCCUUGUCCGGCUCAUCCCAAACCAGGAAGAUGACAGGGAGAUGUCUGCGCUUAAACUGUUGUUCGAGCACCGGCUCGACUCUGACCCGCUGAAGGCUAGAGAGGAAUGGCAGGACAUUGUCGAGUCACGGUCGCUACUCUGGAGCUUCAUUUCCAGCCCCAAGAGGGAGCUGAUCCGGUCUGUCCUAAACACGGUCAACCUCGAGAUCGUCAAGCGAGCACGGCCGCCAAACGUCUUUGAUUUUGCCAGUGCCAGCGUCGGCAACAUGUUCCUGACGGGUGCCCGUCUCUUCACCGGCUCCUUCGAAUCCGCCAUCUACCUCCUCUCCAUGAUCUGCUCCAUUCCACCUUCCAUUUCCGUCCUCCCCGUCAUCAACUCCAAUUUCGCCCACCAUAUCUGCGCCGGCCUAGCCGACGGCACCAUCAUCGCCGGCCAGAACGCCAUCAGCCACCCCUCGGCCCCGACCGCCGUCCCCGGCGACAGUACAACCACCCACCACCAUUUGCUACACAAUAUCCCAACCCUCGCCCUCCACAAACAAGUCCUCCUCUCCCAAGCACAAGCCCAGGCUUGCUCCCAUAGCCCACACACUACCUCCUCCCCCACCCCCAACACCUUCACCGACUUCACAGAAGACGACGAUGACGAAGAAGACGGCGCCAACCUUCCCGGCAGCCUGCCCGCGCUCCGCAGGCCCAACAUUGCCUUCUCCAAGCACCACAGCGCCGACGAUGAAGAGGACCUGCCCGCGCGUAUUGAAAGGCUAUGGUAUAUCAAUCCUUACGGGCAAGAAAUUGCCCCCGUUGCGAACCCCAAGGUCGUCGAGGCGCUUGCGCAGAGCAGGGUGGUGGUGUAUAGCAUUGGGAGUUUGUACACGAGUAUUAUCCCGAGUCUUGUGCUUCGCGCUGUGGGGAGGGCCAUCGCGUUUUCGGAUUUGUUGCCUGGGACGGCGUCGCCUGUUCCAGGGAGGCUUGGGACGGGUACACCUGUCGGAGGAGAUCCGGGGAGGUCGCCUGCGCUGGAGGCCCUUUCACAUCCUCCCUCUUCUCACGGUGGGGGCGAAAGGGGGAUCAGGCACAAGAUUUUGAUCUUAAAUAGUCGGAUUGAUCGCGAGACGGGGCCGCGGACGAAUCCCAUGAGCGCGAAAGAUUUUGUCGCUGCUAUUGCGAGAGCUUGUGUAGAGAGUCGAGCGCCUGAGCUGGUAGGCAAAGAAGAGGUGCUAAGGAGGUGUGUGACACACUUGAUUUAUGUGGAUCGGGAGGAUUUGGUUCCGGCGAAAGAAGAAGAUGGGGUGAGUAACAAAGAGGGGGAUGGUGAUGAGGGGUAUGAGGAAGAAAUGCCGCUGAUGCCGAAGGUGGAAGUGGAGGAGUUGGAGAGGUUGGGGAUCACGUGUGUGAAAGUUAGGGGGAGAAAGGAGAUUGUCGCGAGGAGGGGAAAGAGGAGAGUAGUGGUGUUGAGGUAUGAUGAGCAGGCUCUGGGAGUGGCUUUGGAGAGGAUUAUCGAGUCGUAA